AUGCCAUUAUUUGUACCUACUAGACUGACAUACAUUGAGUCUGUGGCAAAAUACGUGUGUGUUUUGCUCUUUUUGAUCCUAUGUGUCAAAGUCUUUCUAAAAACGAGAGAGCUAGUUACUCAGCCUUUCAUCGAUGAGAUAUUCCACCUACGUCAAUGCCAAACGUAUUGUGCUUACAAGUUUGAUCAAUGGGAUAAUAAAAUAACAACCCCACCGGGGCUCUAUAUAUUGGGAUUUGUGUAUUCUAAACUCAUUGAAGUGAUUACUGGAUUACCAAAACUAUGUCAAGACUUCAAUGUGCUACGGUCAUUGAAUCUAGUUGGAGGAGUCGUUAUUUUACCAAUUGUCUUGCUGAACUUCAAGAAAUCGAAUUCAAGACAAUACUGGACAGUUAAUGUUUUAUCACAACCACUACUUUUCACAUACUACUUUUUGUUUUAUACGGAUGUGUGGUCCACAAUUCUCGUGGUGAUGUCGCUCAGUUUGAUCAAUACUAGAGCACACCAAUGGCCCAUUCUAAGUUCAGUGACUGGGUUUGCUAGCUUGUGGUUAAGGCAGACAAAUAUAGUUUGGGUCGCAUUCAUUGCGGUUGUAUAUAUUGAUCGAAAGGUUUACAGAACCCAGUCCAUCCUGAGUAGGAUCCAUUCCUUCAUCACAACAAGUUUUAGUAACUGGUUAUCAUUGACAGGUUAUGCUAUCAACUUUGUUUUAUUUGUUGUGUUUUUGAAGUACAACGGAGGUAUCACAUUUGGUGAUAAGGAGAACCAUCAAAUACAGUUGCAUUUUGUGCAAGUGUUUUACUGCUUUACAUUCAUCAAUUUCUUCACAUGGCCAGUGUGGUUGAGUCGGUCAACUAUGUCCAGGUAUAUCAAAUUCAUUACUGGUAAUUACGGAUUGAAUCUACUCUUUAAUGCAGUAGCAUUUGCAGGUAUAAAGUACAUCAUUGACAACUACACGAUAGUGCAUCCUUUCCUUCUUGCUGAUAAUAGACAUUAUACUUUCUAUAUCUUCAAGAGAUUGCUCAGUCAAAAGUAUAGCAGUCUUGUGGCUGUCCCUGCUUAUCAUUUUGCAAUGUACAAUAUUGUCACAUCAUUGGCAAGGUCUAGGAAGCUCAACUUGUCACCCAUUGGAAUUACAGCCUUUAUCGGGGCCACUGUACUUACUAUUGUUCCAUCACCAUUGUUCGAGCCAAGAUAUUACCUCAUCCCACUUGUCAUAUUCAGGGUCUACAUCGCCCCUAGCUAUGAAGCAUUCCAUGUUGUUGAAUUCAUUUGGUUGAAUUUAAUAAACUUGGUCACUUCGUACAUUUUUUUCACAUACCAAUUCACGUGGUUAAGUGAACCAAAUUCGAUUCAGAGAAUAAUUUGGUAG